AUGACAGAACUCGCCGGCCCGGGCGCGGCGCACCAGAGCUCGCCGUUUGACGACGAGGAGUUUGCCUUUGCCCACGGCGCCAUCAACGGCGUCAAGUGCUGCACCAAGUGUGGUGCCACCAAGACGCCGCAGUGGCGGGAGGGGCCCUUUGGCGCCAAGACGCUGUGCAACGCAUGUGGCGUAAAGCGCACCCGCAAGCUGCGCGCGGAGCAGGAGGGCGCCAAGCGCCGCAGGCUGUCGGCCUCGCCCGCGCCGCCGCCGCAGGCCAAGCACGCGUUCGCGGCGCCCAAGUAUGGGGCCAGCCGCGGCGCGCAGUACUCGCAAGACGCCCCCACCAUGGACAGCUACGGCUCUCUGGAGCCCGACUCGGAGGCCUGGGGCCUGCCUGCCGCCCACGGCACGCGGCGCCCGCCCCGGCGCGCCGCCGAGGAGGCCGCCUUCAGGACGGCACGCUACGCACGCACAGGCGAGUGGGCCGAGGCCCAGGCGCACUGCGAGGAGGCGCCGCGUGCCGCCACCCCCAGCUCCUCCUCCGACGGCUACUCCCAGCCCUCCUCCAGCUGCCCCGAGGAGGUAUCGUGGCCGCCCGCCGCCGCCGGCGGCGCGCCCCGCGGCAGCGACUGCUACGCCGCCAUCAACCUGAUGACGAUGAGCGCCACCCAGACGGCGGCGGCGCACGCGGCUGCCUCGUGUGGCGCCGCCCCCGCCGCGGCGGCGCACCCCUGCCCGGCGCCCGCCGCCUGCCCCGCCAGCCCCGCCUCUGCGGCCCUGCACUUUGACGCCGAGCAGUUCAACCACGAUUCCCUGGUCGCUCUGGCGGCGCGCUACGGCGCCGGCGCCGGCGCCCCGCCCCACCACCGCGUCGCCCCCGUCACCCUGUCUGACCUCAGCCGCUGCCUGCCGCCAGCCAAGGUGCUGGAGCUGGUGCGGCUGAACCAGGAGCUGGAGGUGGCGGUGCACGAGGCGCACGCGGCCAGCGCGGCGGUGGCGGCGGUGGCGCAGGUGCUGGCCUGCAAGCAGGCGGCGGCGCUGCGGUCGCGCGACGUGGCGGGGGCCGCCACCAAGCGCCUGCGCCGCUUCAUGGCGGAGCUGGACACGCAGUUUGGCAUCCAGUCCAAGUUUGGCGCCGGGCGCCCGCCGCUGUCGCCCACCAAGCCCACCGGCGCCGCCGCGCUGGCCUCGCCAGCCAAGCCGUUGAUGGCAGCGGCGCGCUCGCCCGCGGCCCCCGUGCUGGCGCCGCUCCUGCCUGCGGCGCCCGCCCUGCAGGCUCGCACGCUCUGA